CCAGAAUACAUAGCACAAGUUCAAACAGCAUUUGUAGUUAAGCUCUGGCUCCCCAAUUUCAGCAUUGGAUUGUGUUCUCUGUUCUGUUCUGUUCUGCCUUGACUACAGAGGAUAGUGAGAUCAAAGGAGUGUGUCUGAAAAGUAGAGCGUUGGUGGCAUGCAAGUUGGCUCCAGUAAAAACAGGGAGCGUCAAAGAAAGGGAGCCACACCAAUAGAAUAAACACUCUCAAAAGAAAAAUCAUGCAAGAUAUGAAGCAGCAGAAGCAGAAGUGCAAUGAAGAAUCUAAGAAGAAGGAGCGUCAUAUUGUGACUUGGACUCAAGAGGAGGAUGAUAUCCUUAGAGAGCAAAUUGGUAUUAAUGGAACUGAAAAUUGGGCAAUAAUUGCAUCUAAAUUCAAGGACAAAACAACAAGACAGUGCAGAAGAAGAUGGUACACUUACUUGAAUUCUGAUUUCAAGAAAGGUGGAUGGUCACCAGAGGAAGACAUGCUCUUAUGUGAGGCUCAAAAAUUAUUUGGUAACAGAUGGACGGAAAUAGCAAAGGUGGUUUCAGGAAGAACGGAUAAUGCUGUGAAAAACCGUUUCUCCACCCUAUGCAGAAAGAGAGAAAAAUAUGCAGCUUUAGCAAAAGAGAACAACACUUCAUACAUCAAUUCAAAUAACAAGAGGAUCAUGUUCCAACAUGGUUAUAAUACAGAUGCAACAUCAGAAUCUGCAGUACCUUUUAAGAAGAUGAGAAGGGCCCAUAUCCCUGAUGAUGCAGAAAAGAUCAACUUCGGGGACAGAUUACAUUUGCAGAAUGGAACUCCAAUAAAUCAGCAGCCAAGAGAACCGUUUGCAGUAUUAGCUCAAAACUCCCAUAAUGUAAACAGCUUGCGAGACCAGGAUCAUGUUUGCAAUGCCAAGUUUAGCAGUUCCGCUUCUGCAGCUCAAAAUAACAAGAUUCAAGGAGCAUUCCUUAAAAAGGAUGACCCAAAGAUAAGUGCAUUGAUGCAACAAGCAGAGUUACUAAGUUCGCUAGCUUUAAAAAUUGAUACAGAGAACAUGGACCAAAGUCUUGAAAACACAUGGAAGGUUCUUCAAGAGUUUCUGAACCGAGCCAAACAAUCAGAUAUCCCUAGAAAUAAGUUAUCCGAUUUACAGCUUGUAGAUCUUAAAGAUAUUUUUGAGGACUUGAAGAGUAGUAAUGAGGGAGGCCAGCCCUGUUGGAGGAAAAUGGAACUACUUGAAGACUCUCCAUGCAGUUCUGAAUACAGUACAGGGUCAACUCUCCUGCCUCACUCAGCUGGUGAUAAUUUGGAACACUCAUUGCAUCAGUAUAUUGGAACUGAAAUGAAGUCUACACAAUUUGGAGAUAAAAAAGUUUUAAGAGCAGGUGAGAAAGGGGUUCUUUCCACUGCAAAUGUGGAUCAAGAUAUGUUACCAUAUUGUGAGGUACAGAUAAACAAUGAUGGCAAUGUUUCUUCCUCGUCAAAAUUGGAGUUCAGUUCCCCUCUUAAAGUAACCCCUUUGUUCAGAUCCUUGGCUGCAGAAAUCCCCAGCCCACAAUUUUCGGAAAGUGAAAGGAACUUCCUGAGGAAAACACUAGGAAUGGAGUCUCCAUCCUUCAACCCAAGUGCCAAGCCCUUGCAACCGCCUCCCUGCAAAAGAGCCCUAUUACAUAGUCUAUAAUCCAUGGCAAUCUGGCUUGUGGAGUUCCUCUCUGCCUCGUUUGAGAGAGACUGCAAUUUUACUCUGCCUAAAAUUUUGAAAGGCAUACACUCCCCGAGAAUGCUAAGACACACAUUCUUGCCAUCUUCAACAUAUCUAGCAUUAUCCAUUUCCUCCUCCCCUUCCCUCAAAGUUACCUUCUUGCACAAAAAUUUGGAGUGCUUAGUGUGUCAUUUUUGGUUUGUCUUCUUUUGAUAUUGUUCUGGGUUUGUUUUUCUCCAAUCCAGCUUUUGGUCUUCUUUUUUUUGUACAGAGCCUGCUGUGUAAUCACUAGUCAUCCUGAGUGUAAGUUUACAUUAGCAUUUUGCCUAUCCUACUACAUAUAAUGAACAGAAACAUAGAUAGAAAAGAGAGAGAAAAAAAAAAGGGGAUAAAAAAAGAGAGUAAAAGAGGUUUAACCAGUGGCAACUUUGAUUCUUAUUUGUUGUUUUGUGUGUUAAUAGAUUAUAGAAUAAGUAUUCUUUUUCCCUUUUGGUUCUGAUGUACUGAAACUUAAUUAUAAUUGAGUGGAAAUGCAUUUUGGUUUCU